AGCAUCGCAUCCUCCGAUUCCCAUUCUCCCCUCCCAACCAUUUCUCCUGGGCCUUGCUCCGCUCCACCUCCCACCAAACCCUAACCCUAACCCUAACGCGCCUACCACGCGAGGCGCGGCGGCGGCGGCGGGCACCAUGUCCGCGGCGGUGUGCGGCAAACGGGCCUCCUCCUUCUUCGAGGACCUCCCCCAUUCGCCGUCCUCCCCGCCCUCCAAGCGCGCCUGCUUCCGUGGAGGUUCCUCGCCCUCCCGCCCGCUCGCCGACCCGGCCCUCGUCGCCCAGAUCCGCCCGCGGUUCCCCUCCGUCGGCCUCGAGGUUAUUGAGAACGCGUUGGAGGAAUGUGAAAACGAUUUUGAUUCAGCAAUAAAGUUCUUGUUCAAUUUGCAUGUAGGACCCACAGAAUGUAAUGUGGAUCCUAUUUAUCAAUCUCCAUCAGGAAUGUCUACUGAGCUUCAAGUGGCUGAUGAAGGUAUUUUGGCUGGUAAUGAAGCUGCUGUACCUAUAGGAAAUGCUCCCUGCGCUGAUAACUUUCCAUCAAGCAGCACCCAGUGGGUUGAGAUUCUUGUGAACGAGAUGACUAAUGCCUCUAACAUGGAUGAUGCAAAGGCUCGUGCCUCUAGAGUAUUGGAGGUGUUUGAGAAGUCCAUGACCGCUCAUGUUGGUGCAAUGGGGAGCUUUCAGAAGGAAAGCUCUGUGUAUAAGGAACAGUUUGAAGCAAUAACCAGGGAAAAUACUAUUCUAAAGAAAGCCGUUGCAAUUCAGCACGAGCGCCAAAAGGAGCAUGAUGGGAGAAACCAGGAGAUUCAGCAACUCAAGCAGCUGGUUGCUCAGUACCAAGAGCAAAUUAGAAGCCUGGAGGUAAACAACUAUGCACUGUCCAUGCAUCUUAGGCAAGCUCAGCAAGCCAACUCGAUUCCAGGGCACUUCCAUCGGGACAUCUUCUGAAUAACUUCAUACCUAAACCGGAGGUUUCCAUAGAAUGAGAUAUCGUUCACCCAACAAUUAAGGGCAGAGUUCUUGUUCUUGGCUUAUAUCCAAUAUAUUGCCAAGUUAUAAACAUAGUUUAAUGUAUGUUGUAGACCUGUGUGUACAUGCUUGUCUUGCGUUGUGCUGUUGGCCCCCUAAGAUGGGAUUGUGUGCGAGCAAGCGCAAAGAAAGCUUAGUUCAUUCGAACGGCAGACAGAAUAUGAUCAAGUUAGAAAAGAAAAAAAGAAAAGAAAAGAAAAGCGAAAGAGCCUUUAAAAUUAUUCUCCAA